AUGGCACCCAAGAACUCGGCCUCGUUCGUCUUUACUGAAUUCGUCAACUCCAGUGGUUGGGAGAGUGAUGGCGUCUCAUGGCUCGUCGGACUCAUCAGCGCCGUCUAUCCCUUCCUCGGUUACGACGCCGCCUGCCACUUGGCCGAGGAAAUGCCCAACGCCAGCCGCAACGUCCCAAUCGCCAUGGUCGGCAGCGUCGUCGUCAACGGCAUCAUGGGCCUCGUCUACGGCACCGUCCUCCUCUUCUGCACCGGUCCCCUCGAAGCCCUCCUCUCAACCCCGACAGGGUUUCCCUUUAUGCAAAUCUUCAUGGACGUGACAAAGUCCUACGGCGGCGCGACCUUCAUGUCCCUCAUGAUCAUCCUCACCGCCAUUGCCGCCACCGUCGCCGGCAUCACGUCCACCUCACGAACGCUGUGGGCUUUCGCCCGAGACAAGGCCACGCCGUAUGAUCAUUACCUCAGCAAGGUCAAUCAGCGCCAGCAGAUCCCCGUCCACUCCGUCGUUCUCGUCACGGUUCUCCAGAUGUUGCUUGGAUUCAUCUACCUCGGCAACACAACCGCGUUCAACGCUAUUCUGUCCAUGGCUAUCAUCGGGAUGUACCUUAGCUACAUCAUCCCCAUCGUGUACAUGCUGGUGCACGGCAGGAAGAACUUGAGCCGUUCCGACUUCGGCCCCUUCAAGCUUGGUCCCGCCUUGGGCCCCAUCUUGAAUGUCAUCAGUCUGAUCUGGAUGACUGUGGUGAUCAUCUUCAGCACCUUCCCCUCGGCGAUGCCCGUUACCCCGCAGAACAUGAACUAUUCGAUUGUUGUAAUGGCUGGGUGGCUGGCCUUUGGCGUGUUCUACUACAUCUCAUUUGGGCGGAAGAAGUUCGAGGUACCCGCUGUUGAUAACGUUGUGACUGGCGUCUCCGUUCACACGGAAGUUGUAGUUUAG